UGGAACAACUGAGGCAGGAAGCUGAGCAGCUACGUAAUCAGAUCCAGGAUGCUAGGAAAGCAUGUAAUGAUGCAACACUUGUUCAGAUCACGUCAAAUAUGGAUUCCGUGGGUCGAAUACAAAUGCGAACGAGACGUACUCUGAGAGGUCACCUAGCUAAAAUCUAUGCUAUGCACUGGGGAUAUGAUUCAAGGCUACUAGUCAGUGCUUCCCAAGAUGGAAAAUUAAUUAUUUGGGAUAGCUAUACAACAAAUAAGAUGCAUGCUAUCCCUUUGCGGUCUUCCUGGGUGAUGACCUGUGCCUAUGCUCCCUCUGGUAAUUACGUCGCUUGUGGAGGACUGGACAACAUCUGCUCUAUAUAUAACUUAAAAACCAGAGAGGGCAAUGUGCGAGUGAGCCGAGAGUUACCAGGUCACACAGGCUACUUGUCCUGCUGUCGGUUUUUAGAUGAUAGCCAAAUAGUUACAAGUUCAGGAGACACAACUUGUGCUUUAUGGGACAUUGAAACUGCCCAGCAGACCACCACAUUCACUGGGCAUUCUGGAGACGUGAUGAGUCUUUCCCUGAGUCCUGACAUGAGGACUUUUGUUUCCGGUGCUUGCGAUGCCUCUUCAAAAUUAUGGGAUAUUCGAGAUGGAAUGUGCAGACAGUCUUUCACUGGGCAUUUGUCGGAUAUUAAUGCUGUCAGUUUUUUCCCAAAUGGAUAUGCCUUUGCCACUGGCUCUGAUGAUGCCACUUGCCGGCUCUUUGACCUUCGUGCAGACCAAGAGUUAUUAUUGUAUUCUCAUGACAAUAUCAUCUGUGGGAUCACUUCCGUAGCUUUCUCAAAAAGUGGGCGUCUCCUGUUAGCUGGCUAUGAUGACUUCAAUUGUAACGUAUGGGACACACUCAAAGGAGAUCGUGCAGGUGUUCUUGCUGGUCAUGACAACCGUGUCAGCUGUUUAGGUGUAACUGAUGAUGGCAUGGCUGUGGCAACAGGGUCUUGGGACAGUUUUCUUAGAAUCUGGAAUUAA